AAGUUAUCCAGUUUGUGCUGGUUUGGAUGUGGAAAUUGGACAUAUAUUUCUUGCUUGUGGUGCCAAUUCUUUUGUAUGAUUAGGGUUAGAUUCGAGCUGAACCAAACUCGAGCUCAGGCUCGUUGAGCUCAGGUCGUUGAGCUCGAACUCUGUUCGAGUUCGGUUCGGCUCGUUUCGAAUUCGAGUUUUUAAUUAAUUCGUUAUUAAAACGAUGUUGUUUUAAUACAUAUUGAUCAAAACAACAUUUUUUUAUAUCAAAAUUUUUAAUUUAUAAAUUUUAACAAGCAAGCUCGAGCUAGAAAAUAUUGGCUUGAGCUGGCUCGUUUCGAGCUCGUUCGAGCCGAGUUUGAGCUCGAGCUUGAAUAGGCUCGGUUCGAAUCCAGCCCUAUGUAUGAUAUUGGGGAAAGAUAAUUGAAUGCCAUCCCUAGUCAUAGAAGUGGCGGUUUGCUUUUGAGGUGGAAGACGCUUUAUUUACAUGCCAAAUGAGUAGUUUUUGGAGCCUGGUACUUACGAGGAAAUUGAUGUGAAAUUAGGUCAUUCACAGUUGGCUUGUACAACUAAGAGAUGCCUUUUGUUCUGUAGCAUUUGUCCGGUGAUUGGUAGUUUUUCUUAUUUUUAAUUGAUUUUACACUUCUAAGAAAUGAUUUUUAACUUAAUUUGGAGGAUGGCUUAUGGUAUAUCUUCUUGCUAUAACAUGACUAUUAUUUUGCUAAAUCUAAUCUAUUAUUGAUCUAGUUAAAGUUUUUUAAUUCAAGUUGGAUUUUUGGGAUAGCUUCAAGAACUGCCCCUUCAGUUCUAAUUUCCUGUGGUAUCUUUCAUUUAUUAUAGAAAAAAGUUGUUUAUUGUCCAUUUUUAAGAUCCUUAUUUAUUUUCCUAUCCAGAAACUGAAAAAAGUGAUACAUUUUAAAACUCAAAUAUUGGGACUUUUAUAUUUGAGAGCUAAUUUUUUUGAACUUCUUAAGUAUUAUGACUUGUAAGGAGUUGCUAAUUAUUGUAGGCAUCAGAUGUAACUUCUUGCUUGCAGUUUCAGAGUAGAGUCUUUUCUACAUGGUCUAUAUAUUUGCUCUUUCCCGAAUAUCUGGUACUAGUCCUUGAAAUAUUAUACUGCUUUUGAUCAAAGUGAGGCUGGACAUACUUCUGUAAAGUGAUGAGUGGAGGUAGCAUAAAACACAAUUCUAAAUGGGAUAUGAAAGAAGAGUCCCAACAUUCAUAUGAUAAUGUGCAAGACAAUGCUUGGUCUCGGAAAGCAGGUAUGUCUUUUCAUGACAAAGAAUUGCGUUCUGGAUGGUUUUCUCCCAAGGGUGGUGGCUAUAGUAGUGGACACAAGUGGUCUGCUAGGGAAGAUAACAUGCUGAAAUCAAGGCGUGAUUUGCAAGUUUCAUCUAGGGAACCUUUGCCUGGUAGCAGAGGUUCUCAGAAGGAGGAUUGCAUUGGUGACUAUCGGGAAUGUUUCAGAGCCACAAGUACAUGGGAUGGAGAAGGGAAUUACAGCAUGGAAAUGUCUCCUGGCCUGGAUGAUUGGAGACAGCAAAUUCGUCACCACUCCCCAAGAAGUGAUUGGAAUGGACCUCACAGAAGUAGAAGCUGCAGCCGAAGCAGGAGCCGCAGCCGAAGUUUGAAUCGGAGUAGAAGCCCAGUUUGUGGAUUUAGACAAGAAUUGGGCAUCUAUGUCAGAAACAGGGAAAGAUCAGGAGUAUCAGCUAAAUUUUGUAAAGAUUUUGCUGCUGGGAGAUGUAGGAGAGGAAAAAGUUGUCUAUUUUCUCAUCAUAGCAGUGAAAAUUAUGAAGAGAGUAGGGAAAGUAGACAUAGGAAAGCUGGAGCUCCUAAGUAUUUCAUUCCUCAUCAAUCUAGGGAGUAUCCAAUACGAUGUGGAAGAAACAGGGAUGCAUCUUUGGAGCGGGGAGGUGACCAUGAUUCCCACAAGAAAGGUGAUAUUCCCUGCAAAUUCUUUGCUGCAGGAAUUUGUCGAAACGGGAAAUACUGCAGGUUUUCUCAUAGUGUUCAGGCCUUUGCAAGUCCUAACAAAAGGUCACGGGUUGACAACUUGGUGCAGCAGAGCCACAAUUUAGAUGGCACAGAUAAAUUAUGGAACGGUCCAACAUGGAGCAACUCAAGCACUUUCACAGAUGCUGUAAAGUUGAGUGAUGAAAAAAAUGAAAGGAUGGCUGACAAAAGGGCAAGGGAUGAUAGGUGGUCACAGAGCCAUAAUUCAGAUGAUGUGGAGAGGGUAUGGGAUAGUAAAAAAUGGGGUGGUAAAGAUAAACUGCCAGAUACUGGAAAAUUGAUUGAGGAUCACAAUGAAAGAAUGGAAUCCCUAGAACCAAGGUUUUCUGCCUGGUCUAUGGAAUCUAGAUGGCCUCACAGCUUGGAUGAGAAUGCAGUAUGUGCUGACCAAACAGGAGUUGGACAAGGAGUAGUUGAUAGCAACAAUAUGGAAGCCCUUCAAUGUAAGAUGAAAAAUUCUACUGUUGGCAUGGGAGUUCCUGAAUCAGGAGUUACUGAAAAAUUGCUUGGUGAUAUGGAGAUGUCUCCUGUGUGGAAUUAUAGAGUGCAGCCUUCCAACCAUGCACUUAAAGAAGAGCAUGGUCAUAUAACUCAGAGUUCACAAUCUCUAGCUCUUGGUGAUACCUCUGUACUCAGUCAUGAACAGGAAAUAAAUUGUGAUGUUUCAGGUCAGUUGCAUGAUGCAGCUUCGUCUGUGCAACCGAUGAUAAUUGAAAAGCCUUACUUCAAGCAUGACUAUAAUCAGAGAGCAGGUGGCGGUGUUGCAUUGUGUGGCAGUGAUAAGAAUGCCUUUGGAAGAACUGCCACUUCACACAUUGAUCUAAAUUUUUCUGCUAACCUCUUGCCAACACAAAGCUUUGAUCAGAAUGGCCAAAUUCCAAGUGCUCUACCCUUCUCAAGCUUAAAUUCCUUUGGACAAAAUCAAGGUGCAGUCACUUCUGAACCUUCUGGAGGACAUAUAAAAAUUCCUCAAACUCACACAACGUUUCUGGAGGAAAAAUCAAUCAACAAACCAGGCAUUUUAGAUAAAAGUGCAUCACAGUUUAGUUCUGGAAUUAAGCCAGCUCAAGAUGUGGUUGGCGGUGAAAAGCUCACUGAGCUUUCAGCCUCUCUUGUUCAGUUUCUUGGAAAUCAGCAGCAGUUACCCCAACUUUAUACUGCUCUUAAUUCCCCUAAUCUGGUGCAAGUGUCUUCAUCUGUGAAUGCUGAAGGUUCUCUUGAGCCAGAUUCUGCUGUGACCAAUCAGCAGAAUGAAACCAUUAAAUCUCAAUCGCAGUAUGAUCCUUUAUGUGAUAGCAUUGACUCCAAGAAGCAGAAUGCUGUUGACCUCCCACUGUUUAUAAUAAAGUCUGUCGGACAGAAAAGCGCUGUGGAUGUAAAGCCAGAGAUUCCUAAUGGUGGUUCAGAAGAACCAUCUCACAAGAGCCAAAUAUCAAUACAGGUGGAACCAGAUGCAGAUUGCAAGAUCAGUAACAACAGUGGUGGAGUGGAGGCUGAGGAAACCAAGAAAGCACAAGUAAAUCAAUUUGUUCUAGAGAAUGAUACUGUGUGGAAAAUAGAUGGUGAUGACACGGAUGAUGAUGAAGGUAGAAAAAGGAAGGAUGCUAAGGAAAGUAAGGAACCUAGAGCGAUUCGCACAUUUAAAUUUGCACUGGUGGAGUUUGUUAAGGAGAUCCUGAAACCUACAUGGAAAGAAGGUCAAGUUACCAAAGAUGCUUACAAAAACAUAGUGAAGAAAGUAGUUGAUAAAGUUACUGGUACUAUGCAGGAGGCUGCUAAUAUUCCUCAAACACAAGAAAAAAUUAACCAAUAUCUGGCAUUUUCGAAACCAAAGCUUAGCAAACUUGUUCACGCAUACGUGGACAAAUUUCAAAAGGGCUAAGUAAAUGGAGCUGGAACUAUCAUGAUGCAAUUUUUAUGGUUCUUCCAGUGUUGAGGAAGCCACCAAUGGUUUUCUGAGGCAAUUAUAUGCUUCUGCAGCUCCUCAACUGGUUAUUUCUUUAACCCAUUAUGUAUUUUAAAUGUUGGAAACAAGGUUUGCUUAGUUCUAACUCACAGUGUAGAUAUAUGGCAGUCCUGUUUCUUUCUUUUCUUUUUUGUUUAAUAUUUGGCAUUCGAUCGUUUUCAUGAUGGUUCCAUAUAGCGCUAUAUUAUGAUCAUUGUGAUUGUAGAACUGGUUGACAUAUGGUUAUUUACUAACUUUCAACAUACUUUUUCUUAUGAACAA